AUGCCUGCUGAAAGGCGUUCCCUGAGGUCCAACAAGUCGGACACCUCAGCUAACGGAGAAAAACAUCGCUCAAACUCUACUUCCCAGAAUUCCAAAGAUAAGCCGGCUCCUCCUUCUACCAGAUCAUCUGCCCGGGGGAAGACAGCUGCUGCCUCUGGCAAGAAGACGUCCUCCUCCAAUACCGCUAGCUCAACAUCAACACCAACUUCGACUUCAGCAUCCACAUCUGCUGCAAAGAAGAUGGUUGCUGAAAACGAUCAGACUGCUCCUCACACCAACGGCGGCUCAGACCCCGUCGAGAAUGGCGUCAACAAUGUCAACGGGACGGAGGAUGUGGAAAUGGCAGAAGACGACGCUGAUAUCAAUGGAUCUGCCACGCAGAAGAAUCAUCGUGAAGGAGGAGGUGAGCCUGAUGACGGGAUGACUGUGGUGGUGCCACCAUCCAAGGGCUCCAGAUUAUCAGGAGAACCCGAACAAAAUCAGCACGAUAUCACCAUGAAUGAGGUGGAGGAUGGUGACGCGGCUGAGCUUGAGGUGCAAGUUGAUCCCAGGGAGAAAGCCUUAUCAGAUAUCAAAAACAAUUUCACACUGCUCGAACGUGCUGUUGUUCAUUUUGAUCCCCGAUUUACAUUGCGAGCCUUGCGGUCGAUAUCAUCGGUCAUCGUAGAAACAUAUCAGCCCUCGGAUUCAACGGCAUCAUUCCUAUUAGCUUCCAUUGGCAAGAAAUCGGCUUUCGCCGAUGCUGCCGCUGAUUUGCCAAUGGAUGUCGAUGGUGAAUCAAGGUAUCAUGGAAAGGGAACCGCUACGCGCGAUGUUCUUCCCGAGGUCGAUAUCUAUUUGGCUAUCCUCAUCCAGAUCUAUCUAUAUGACAAGAAGGACAUUGAACAGGGUGCAAACUUCUCCAGUAGCCUUGUGGAGCUUGUGCGAUCACACAAUAGAAGAACCUUGGAUUCUUUGGCUGCUCGUGUUUAUUUCUACUACUCGCUCUUUUACGAGCAGCUUGCUCCGCUUCCCCCGUCUCCAGCCGCAGCCGUUAUUUCCAUCCGCCAGCCACUACUUCAGGCAUUGCGAACUUCAGUUCUUCGAAAGGACCAAGACAUCCAGGCAACUAUCACCACCCUCCUCCUGCGUAAUUACCUGUCAACGUCGCACAUCUCCCAAGCAGACCUCUUCGUCUCUCGCUCAGAAUUCCCGCCAGGAGCACCCAACAACCAGAUCGCUCGGUAUCUUUACUAUCUUGGUCGGAUCCGUGCCAUCCAACUGCAGUACACUGAGGCUCACGAGCAUUUGAUCGGUGCCACUCGCAAAUCCCCCUCGAGCCACACCGCAGGCGGUUUCUACCAGGCAUCCACUAAGCUCCUCGUUGUCGUCGAGUUGUUGAUGGGUGAUAUCCCUGACCGCGCAAUCUUCCGCCAAGCAACCCUUGAGCGGGCUAUGCAUCCUUACUUCCUGCUCGUGCAGGCCGUCAGCAUCGGCGACCUAGAUGGAUUCAUCGGUAUUGUCCAGAAACACAGCUCAACCUUCCGACGCGACGGCACAUACACACUUAUCCUACGUCUUCGACAGAAUGUCAUCAAGACCGGCAUUCGUAUGAUGUCUCUGGCUUAUACGCGAAUUUCCCUUCGGGAUAUCUGUCUUCGUCUAGGAUUGGAUAGUGAAGAGUCAGCAGAAUAUAUCGUCGCCAAGGCCAUCCGGGACGGUGUAAUCGAAGCUUCACUGGAUCAUGAGCACGGGUAUAUGAAGAGCAAGGAGGUGGGGGAUGUGUAUGCGACUGGGGAGCCCGGUGAGGUCUUCCAUGAGCGCAUCCGGUUCUGUUUGGAUCUUCAUGACGAGAGUGUUAAGGCCAUGAGAUUCCCCAUGAACCAACAUAGACUCGAGCUGAAAAAUGCACAGGAGGCGCGUGAACGGGAGAGAGAACUAGCGAAGGAGAUCGUCGAGGGGGACUUGGAUGAUGACGAUGCGGGCGGAGACUUUGACACGAUCUAG